UUGUGGGUCGGAGCUGCGCCGGGAGGCGAGAGGAGUCGCGUGUGCGUGCGCUGUGUGACAAUGAAGCUUGGUCAGUGCUCCCCGGACUCCUCACUGCGCUUCUGUCUGUAGCCCCUGCGCUUCUGUCUGUAGCCCCUGCGCUUCUUCUGUCUGUAGCCCCUGCGCUCUCCUUCCUCUGCCACUGGGCGCCGGGCUUGGAUGCGUCUGGGCGCAGCGCUGAGAUUGUGUCGGACUCAUGGAGCGACAGCGGAGAGAUGUGGCAGCCUCACCCGGAGAGGGAAAAGUUGCCUGAAUGAGGGCGAUUCGCUCCCGGGAUCUGCGCUCCGCUGGGAAUGAAUUUACAGCCGGACUCUAUUGCGGUUGCCGGAUCCGGACACUGGCAGAUGGUUCGAGAACAAUAUACAACAGCAACACAAGGAACAAACAUCGAGAGGCCGGAGAAACAGUAUGUCUACAAUAUUGGCAUUUAUGGAUGGAGAAAACGUUGCCUCUACCUGUUCGUCCUCCUUCUCCUCAUCAUCUUAGUUGUGAAUUUCGCUCUGACCAUUUGGAUUCUCAAAGUAAUGUGGUUCUCACCAAGCGGAAUGGGACACUUACGUGUUACAAGUGAAGGGCUGCGCCUUGAAGGGGAAUCGGAGUUUCUUUACCCCCUGUAUGCCAAAGAAAUUCACUCCAGAGUGGACGAUUCCCUGCUUUUACAUUCAUCACAGAAUAUCACUGUAAAUGCUCGCAACUCAGAUGGUCAUAUAAUGGGCAGACUCACAGUGGGCCCUAACGCAAUAGAGACCCACGGACAGCAGUUUCAGAUCAACUCGGCCAACGGCAAGAUGCUGUUUUCUGUUGAUGAACACGAGGUGUUGGUAGGAACAGAUAAACUAAGAGUAACAGGACCGCAAGGGGCUUUAUUUGAACACUCGGUGGAAACGCCGCUGAUCAGAGCGGAUUCUUCUAAGCAAUUGAGACUAGAAUCACCUACUCGCUCUCUGAGCAUCGAUGCGCCAAAAGGAGUUCACAUAAAGGCUCAAGCAGGAAACAUUGAAGUCCUUUCUCAACAGGACAUCAAGUUGCAGAGCAGCGAUGGAAUGUUGGUACUUGAUGCUGAAACGGUGCGGCUGCCCAAGCUAAGUCUGCCGACUCCUCCUUCUGACUCGCGGCGUAAUUCUGGCAACUCUCAGGAACUCUAUGAAAUUUGCGUUUGCCCAGAUGGGAAACUCUACUUGUCAGUAGCCGGUUACGGAUCGACGUGCCAGGAGUACAGUCGCGACUGCCAAUAAGGAACCCUGUCAGGAUGCCGACCCCCCCCACAUACGUUUUAUAGAGUCUGAAGAAGUCCCACCACCAGCUGAGGAAUUUCAGACACGAGCGGCAACACAUGGGUUGUAUAUUUGUAUUUUUAAAACCACUGACUUUUCAAGAGAAACAGCAAACGUAAUAUUUUUGUAGCCUAUGUAAUAUAGCACAAGCUAUGACUUAAAACUACGUCACCACCCAUAUUGUCUCUGCUGAAGCAAAUGGAUAGAGCGUUAGCCUGAAGUCCAGCAGUUAUAAAGCCAAUGCAUCAGGUUGAGUGUGGAAUAUGCAUCUUAUAGAAGUGGGUUUCAUAGGUUUGGCUGCUUUAUUGCAGUUACCAUGUGCCCAUAGGAAAGCACUCAACCCUAUCUUGUGUAACCCUUGUGUAUGUGUAAAAAGCCCACUGUGCCUGAGUAACAGUAAUAGGUAUUGGUAACUAAGGGUCUGGGUUUGAAAUUCCAUGCACCUUUGCAGAAUGUGUGCCGAAAUGGAUAAAGCUCGUCCCAGGGCAAUACAGUAUAUUCUUCUUGCAUUACUGAUAGAGAAUAUGGGUCAGGCCAGCGACAUCAUUGAUAUGGUGACCACCAUUUAUACUUUAGGAGCAGCUGCUAUUUCCAUGACUUCUAUUUCCGUGACUUUAUUCAGGAAUGAGUAGUAACAAUAAAGAAUAAUGUAGUGACGUUAUUGAGCAGCUAGUUCAGAAUUCAGGUCAGUUCCUCUGAUUGAACACUGAUCUCCAAAAGAAGAUAGAAACCAAUUGUCGCAGCGCUAUUGAUAGCCCUGCAUAAGCAAAACAGUCUUAAAGGAGAACUUAACCCCCCAUUAAGAAAAUUCCCUACUUACUACCCUAGAUCUGUCCCCCCCCCAACCUGCUCCCUCCCCCACAUAGUUCAUUACCCCUAAAAGUAUUCUGAAUACAUUGGUGCAGAGUAAGCACAGUGGAGCUCAUGGGUGCCAUCUUCCGGAUCUUCAGUCUUCUUUGGGUCGUCUUCCUUCCCUUCUGCAAUUUAUGGCACUUUUGGCUCAUACUAAGUUAUUACGCACUGGAAGACUGCUCCAUCUGCGCAUGCGCCAAUACGGAGCUCCUUAUAGAUGAAGAGCAAAGAUCCAGAAGAUGUUGCCCAUGAGCUCCACUAUGCUUACUCUGCACCAGAUUCAUCCCCUCCAAACAAAAACCCAGCAUCCAUACACAAACCCCUCCAUACCCUCACAUUAAUUAUAUCUCUCUUACUCUACACCAGUACGUGAGCAAUGUAUUUGGGACACUUUCAGGGGUAAUGAAAUAUACAGGAGAGAUGCAGGGAGGGGGCUAUCUAUGGUAGUAGGUAGGGGCUUUUCUUAUUGGAGCGGUUUAGUUCUCCUUUCAAGGAUCAGUUACACCAAAAGUCUUUGUAGGACUUGUCAUAACAGUUAUUUAAUUUGUGAGCAUGUUCAAACCUUUUCUUUGAAGUGAAAGUCAUGUAUAUUAUUGCCUUGUGUUUGCUUUGCUGUGUUCAUCCAGAUUUUAGUCCAAGCUUAAAGGAGUGCUUCACCUUUAAUAACUUCUAUAAAUUCUAAGCAAGUUUUCAGUUUCUCUUCAUUAUUUAUUUUUUUAUAGUUUUAUAAUUAUUUGCCAUCUUUUCUGA